CAAAUUAAAGCCUAUAAAAGCAGCAAACAUCCUUACUAGUUCUUUGCCACAAAGCUCCUAUUGCCCUCUUCCCCUUUUCAAAAGGAAGAUCACACAAAGAAAGAAGAAAAGAAAAAAAAGAAAUUAGGCAUAACAAGAUGAUCAAUGAAAUGGAGUACCAAAACCUACAAAGCAUAAAGAAGUUAACUAUAGUAUUACUACUUUCAUUGUUCUCAUUCCUCUUUUCAUACACAUAUUUUUAUUAUAAGUACUUCUAUUUCGUUGCAUUUCCCUUCCAAAUUCUAAACCAUAUUGCUGGGGAUAAGAACUACAUAUUUCUCAUUUGCAAUGGUAUCUUGCUACUCCUUACAAAGACUUCAGGCAUGGUUAAUAUUCUUCUUUCCCCCUCGGAUUUCGAUCUUAAUGAAUUCUCGAAAACAUAUUCAGAAGUACUUUUGGAAAGUAGCAGUAGUGCUCUUUCUGAAUGCAAAGAAGAAGAAGAAGAAAUAACAAAGUUUGAAAUAUUAGAUGAUAAUAAGCAAUUGGAAGCAUCAAAAGAAAUAGUGGAAGUGGAUGAAAAUGGCAUUUUUACAAAUAAUAUUGAAGAAGAAAACGAAGAAGAAAAGGCAGAAGGAGGAAAAGAAGUAGUGGAAGAAAGUGAUGAUGAGCCAUUGAACAAGUUGAGUAUAGAGGAAUUAAACAAGAUAUUUGAAGAAUUUAUUAAGAGGAUGAAGCAAGAAAUUAGGGUGGAUGUUCAUGAGCAACAAUUGGUUCCAGUGAAGUGAUCAUUUUUUUUGGUUUUUCAUUAAGUGCCCCGUAGCUUUUAUGGGGCUUGCAUAAUUUAGAUUCGCGUUGAAAAAUCCUACUAUGGGCAAGGGUGAAUCAGGGGCGAAGAUAGAAUUGUCUAGAUACCGGUAAUUUGGUGGAACCUAAUAGCUUUUGUUUAAAUAGUAUAUAUUUGUAUUAGGAAAUUCAUUAAAUAUGCACACAUAUGAUAUUUAAAAUAUCCAGUUAUUAGUACUCGAUGUCGUCGUUU